ACAAGUGUUGUGCUUGUGUGGCUGUUAGCGGGCUCUGUAAGAAACGUACAAAUUAGGUAAAGAUUCCUCCUAAUACAAGUAACAAGUCCAGUUCUACGUGGCCAUCCAGAUUGUCAGCAUUUGGUCGGUCAAGCUUGGUGAGGAGUACUGUAUUAUGAAGACUGCUGGUGUGUAGCUAGCUCCUUAGCUAACGUCUCAGCCAGCCUGGCGGCGACCACCACUACACGUUACCGUGGUUAGUGUAUGCAAAGAGACGUCGCAUCUCGAGUCUCACUUAAUUGAGAGCAUCUAUUUAUUAUUAUUUAUUGGAUUUAAGACAGACUUGUUAUAAGAUGGUAGGGUUCAGCGCCAACCGACGCGGAGGCCGCUUGCCUUCCUUCAUUCUCAUCGGCUUGAUGGUGAUAAUCGCCAUCCUCUCGUUCAACUACUGGAGCGUGUCUAACAAACACGGGCGCCUGCUGGACGAGCUCAGCGAGGUGCAGACGCAGGUGAAGCGGACGGACGCGGCCCGGAGCCGCCUGGAGAAGCGCAACUCGGAGCUGAUGGUGCAGGUGGACUCGCACAGGAAGCAGAUCGAGCAGAAAGACGGAGACUUCAACGUGAUGGAGGGCAAGCUGCAAGCUCGGGAGGCACUGAUCAAGAAAUGCACCGAUGAAAAGAUUAGGGCUCAGAAUGACCUCUCUGCCCAGCUGAAUGAGAACCAGCGGAUGAAAGAGCAGCUAAAGGACAUGAGAUCGGAGCUCAUGAAGCUGGAGGAGACCCUGAGGGAGGUGAAGAAGAACAACACGCACACCGAGAGGAAACUGGAGUACGAGAGCCUGCAGUGUGGGCGUCAGAUUGCCCAGCUGAAGGACGAUUACGAGGAGAAGACGAAGACACUGGAGUCACAGGCAGCAGAACUCAGGAAGUCUCUGGAGUCCCAGCGUGUGUUGGCUGCUGCCGCAGGGGCGGGGGCAGUAGAGGGGGGUGCGGACGGAGAGGGCCAGACGGCAGGAGAGCGCCUCCCGCAGGCCAUUAAGGAGAAGGACCACACCGACCUGAAGGCCCCAGAGGAGAUGGGGAAGCCUGGCAGUGACGCUGGCAUGCCUGGCAUUGAGGACAGCGAAGUGGGCAAGCUGGAGGACAUUCAGUUUGGUCUGAAGAAGCCCUCCAUCACCCAAAAGCAAGGCGGGGGCGGUGGCGCUGCCCCCCUCCUGGUCCUCCCCCCGGGGGCCUCCCUGAGGGACGACAGGGGAGGAGGCAUGGGAGGUGGAGCGGGCCCCGGCCCCGGAGCUGGAGUGGGCCCCGCACCCCCUGCCCCGGGGGUCCCCGUAGCCCUGGAGGGCGCCGGGGUGGGCAUCCUGGAGAGGCCUGAUCUGCCCCAGGGGGGCGUAGGGGGUGGGGGCGUGGAGGCCAGAGGAGGGGUGCUCUUACAGCAUCAGGUGCAGGUGCAGCAGCAGGCUCCACAGGCCCAGGGGGACAGACCCAUACUCAUAGAUGAGGACACCAAGACUGGGGACAAGAUGCACGCCGACGAACUGGGGGAGCAGAGGAGACAGCUGAGAGCUCCUGAUGUGAAGCUCCUCCCCCUGGAUGCGAAGGCCAAUCUGGCGCUGCCUCCCAACCCGGCCCAGGUAUUGCCCAAUCCCAUCGAGCCGCGCCACGCCCCCCGGGAGCCUGGCCCCGCCCCUGCCGAACCCCCACGCCAUCGCCAGAGCCGCUUCUUUGAUGAGAACGAGAGUCCUGUAGAGGCUGGGGGUCAGCAGCAGCAGGGAGGCUCAAAGAUGGCCGACUACAACGGCGACGACGGGAACGUGGGCGAGUACGAGGCCGACAAGCAGGCCGAGCUGGCCUACAACGAGGAGGAGGACGGGGACGGAGGAGAGGAGGACGUGCAAGAUGACGAUGAGCGAGACCUGCCGGGGGACAGAGGGGUGGACUACGGCAAACGUCACCAGGCCAACGAGAUCCUGUAAGGAACUGCUGCAAUCAUCACCACGGAAACAUUGGAACCCAGUCAUCAGAACAUCACGGCAGAACAUCGGAACCCUGUCAGGCUGGUUGCUUGAGAUGUGUAGUAGAGAACUACGGACAGCUUGACCUUGACCUUGACUACGACCUUGUCUUUGACCUUGGUGCGAUGAUGUUCAAGGUUACUAAGCAAGCAGGGUUUUAUUUUUUUAUUUUUUUGAAAGACUGGAUGAAUUUAAAGGAGUUCCAUAUUUUUUUGCUAAGUUGUCCUUGCCUGCUAUGUGAUGAUGGACAAUAUGGCAGACAUUUUUCAGAGGUGGAGGACAGUAUGAACUGGGAUGUGGAGAUGGGGGUUAGGGUGGGGCGUGGUGGGGUUGGAAUGGGAUGGGAUGGGAUGGGGGAUCUUUAUAAAGUUUAUAAUGAACUAUUGAAGGAGUAAUGACUUGGUGUUGGCUUGCAUCGAAAAUGUGAGUAACUUAUUGCCAUUUUUACGUGUUUUGUCCCUUACCUUCCUCACAGAGGUAUGGUUGCCCAAGGUGGUAAUGAUUUAUGUACUGUGCGAAAAUUGUGUAUGUAUAUAUGCGAAUAAUAUGUACAUGGGAGAUGUUUUUGUUUACAAGUUUUGGUUGUCCCCCUUUUUCAGUGAUUUUUUUUUUUUAAAGAAGGGGCAUUUUGUAUCAAGAAAUUCUGCUGAGACAGAACUGUCAUUCAUCCUGACAUGGGGAGACUGUGUACGGAUCAAGAGUACUAGAACACUCUACCUGGACGGCGGAGUUUUCCGGAAGUUCUCCUUUGAAAACCUUGCUCUGGAUAAGCGCGCUGAGGAUGUGACUAAUUAUUAAGGACCCAGUUGUUCCAUUUUUCUACGUAGCUUCUUCUUAAGAAUCUUGGAAUUGAGGUACGCUUCCAUAAUUCCGGAACUGCACUCCCAAGGAAUUUCUACAGAAAUUCCCUCCGUGCCUACUGGGAUUGCCAGAGCCGCGUGGCUACUUGCUCAGUGGACGCAACUUUUUUUGUGGACAAGAGAAAAGAGGUCGCCAGAAAUGGCUCUCGAAACUCUCCUCUUCCUCAGCGUCAGUGUUUUUGAGGGGACAUUUUUUUUUCCAGUGGCGUGAGGAAGACCAACCUCACUAAAGAGACAGUUGAUGCAUGCAGAAUAAUAAUAUUAUGGCCGGCUUGAGCGUCAAGCCAAUACAUGUAGAAAUACAGUACGGCAAACUCUAGCAAUACAUACAUUCAAAAACACCCACACACACACUCCAGAUUCUGAUUUUUGAAGGGUUAAAUUUAUAUUUUUGAUUUACCUGUAGCUGAAGCGUACACACACACACACACACACACACACAC